AUGCUGAUCCUCUCCCUUGGCAACGGCAUGAGCUGGGGCUGGACCAUCGGCCUGCUCCUCGCGGGAGUUCUGAUCGGAGAGGUCCCAGCCAUGCUUGCCAGCAUUGUGAGUUCCGCGAGGACGGGCGUGCUGGUGGUGGGUCGAGGGUUUUCCGACGUGCGAGCCCUAGGCAGAGGCGAGAUGGCGCGCGUUUGCACCCUGCCACUAUAUUUGUUCAUCCCCACCACACUGCGGGACCCCUCCGCACUGGGCCUGCUGGGCAGCGCCCUGGCGCGCCUGCCGGCGGGGGAGCUCAAGGCCCUGCUGCGCCGCGCGCGGAUAGACCCCGGGCCAGGGGCACAGGAGAAGGCGGCCCUGGUGGCUGCCCUGCUGGACCGCGCGGACACCUCCUCCCAGCAGUGCUCCAUCUGCUGCGACGACUACGUGCCGGGGGACGUCCUGCGAGCGCUGCCGCGCUGCCAGCACAAGUUCCACUUGGAGUGCGUGGAUCGGUGGUUCCUGUCCUCCGCAGAGGGGAACCGAAAGCCGGUGUGCCCCAUGUGCAACACGCCCCUCAUCGCCGACUGA